AUGAAUACUUUUUUAAGGCACUGUAUUUCCUAUGUUGCUUGUAAAUAUUGUAUUUUGUUAUUUCAGGCUACAAGAGAUCUUAUUUGCAGCAUAACUGCAUCUGAUAAAGUCCUAAUUGUGGCUCGUGAGUCAGGAGCAGUGCAUAGGUAUAGUCUACCCAACGUGGCAUUAGAACAGAAAUAUGGACUGAGCUGCCGUGCUUUUCAUAUGAGUCUGAACUGCAAUUCCAGCCGCCUGGCUAUAAUCGAUCUUUCUGGGGUUCUCACAUUCCUGGAUCUGGAGACCUCUUAUGACACAGGGCAGCAGAUCAUUGGAGAACAACUUAAGUUUGAGCGCAAGGAUGUCUGGGACAUGAAGUGGGCCAAUGACAAUCCAGACUUAUUUGCAAUGAUGGAGAAAACUAGGAUGUAUGUUUUCAGGAACCUGGAUCCAGAGGAACCCAUACAAACAUCAGGAUAUAUCUGCAAUUUUGAAGAUUUGGAAAUAAAAUCUGUUCUUUUGGAUGAAUUAUUAAAGGAUCCUGAACACCCUAACAAGGACUACAUUAUUAAUUUUGAAAUCCGGUCAUUGCGAGACAGCCGGGCUUUAAUUGAGAAGGUUGGCAUUGAGGAUGCAUCCCAGUUUAUAGAGGACAACCCUCAUCCAAGGCUCUGGCGCUUACUAGCUGAGGCUGCCCUACAGAAACUGGAUCUCCAAACUGCAGAACAAGCAUUUGUACGCUGUAAAGACUACCAAGGCAUAGAGUUUGUGAAGCGGCUGGGCAAUCUACAGAGUGAGCCCAUGAAGCAAGCAGAGGUGUCUGCCUAUUUUGGCAGGUUUGAGGAAGCAGAGAGGAUGUAUUUGGAUAUGGACAGGAGAGAUCUUGCCAUCAGUCUAAGAAUAAAGCUGGGUGACUGGUUCAGAGUACUGCAGUUGCUCAGAACAGGGUCCGGGGACUCAGACGAUGCUCUGCUAGAACAGGCCUAUAACGCCAUUGGUGAUUACUUUGCAGACAGACAGAAAUGGUUGAACGCAGUACAGUACUAUAUACAGGGCAGGAAUCAGGAACGAUUGGCAGAGUGCUACUACAUGCUGGAAGAUUAUGAUGGACUUGAGGUUUUGGCUAAUUCCUUACCAGAGAACCAUAAGUUGCUUCCAGACAUUGCUCGCAUGUUUGUGACAGUAGGGAUGUGUGAGCAGGCUGUGGCUGCCUUCCUCAAGUGUAACAUGCCAAAAGCUGCUGUAGACGCAUGUAUGCACCUCAACCAGUGGAAUAAAGCCGUUGAGCUUGCCAAAAAUCACAACAUGAAAGAAAUAGGAUCACUGCUUGCCAAGUAUGCCUCCCAUUUGCUAGAAAAGAACAAAACUCUGGAUGCAAUUGAACUUUACCGCAAAGCUAAUCACUUCCUAGAAGCUGCUAAGCUACUGUUCAAGAUUGCUGAUGAAGAAGCCAAGAAACGAACAAAGCCACUCCGUGUAAAGAAGCUGUAUGUGCUGGCAGCAUUAUUGGUGGAGCAGUAUCAUACACAUGUGAAGAAUACACAGAAAGGAAAGCUGAAAGGAAAGCAGAUUGAGGCUACGUCGGCACUGGCUGGCCUGUUAGAGGAAGACAGUCUCCUGUCUGAUAAUCGGAUAAUUGACAAUGCCUGGAGAGGGGCUGAGGCCUAUCACUUCUUCCUGCUGGCUCAGAGGCAGCUCUAUGAAGGCUAUGUAGAUGCUGCUAUGAGGACAGCUAUACACCUGAGAGAUUAUGAAGAUAUUAUUCCUGCUGUUGAGAUCUAUUCCUUGCUGGCACUCUGUGCCUGUGCUAACAGGGCAUUCGGUACGUGUUCCAAGGCCUUUAUUAAACUGGAAUCCUUAGAGACUUUGAGCCCUGAGCAGAAACAGCAAUAUGAAGACCUUGCCCUGGAAAUCUUCACCAAACACAGUCCAAAAGACAGCCGGAAUCCGAGGCUGAUGUCUUCCCAGAACGGCGGGGAAGGAAAGUUGCCAACAUGCAUUGCUUCAGGGAGACCCAUUACAGAAUACCAGUUCUGGAUGUGCAGUGUUUGCAAGCACGGAGUUCAAGACCGAGAGAUAUCUGCAUACAGCUUCUGUCCUCUCUGUCAUAGCUCCACUUCAUAA